AUGCAUUCGAAUGGGAUACCAUUUCAAUGUUAGACAAUGCUGUUAUUACAAUCAAACAGGAGAAACUUCUUGCAAAUACUGUUGGGCCAGGGGGUCAACUAACUAAAGAGCCAAACCACGUACUCGUCGUCCCGUUGCAAGACCGCCCAGCACUCAAACUAGGUCUCGGUAGUCGUGAUGGCAAAGUGGCCCCUGAGUUCGUCUACGGCGUUCGAUACAAGCAGGAAAGGGGGUCUAUGAGUAUCAGAGCGAAGUCGCACGAUGUAGUUUUGAAGCCAUUCCAUCAUCAUUUACGUAUGAAAGCUUACUUACUAUCUACAGAUGACCAGAGAUUUGGUACUCCAGUUCAAGAACCGAAAUGACCAGGACCAGGUGCUGCGACUCUUUCACGAUCUUGCCAUACGUGUCGAAUCGUUGCGUGGAUUUACGCGUCAAGCGGCUUCUCAACAACCAUUCCGGUCAUCAUCAGUGACCGGUAGCUACCCAUCCUCGUCCACAAACCAUCCUUUCACUUCCGGAAGAAGUACUGCUCCUCUGUACCAGCACUACUCUGGGCGGUCGGGCUCGUCUCUGAAUAAUCACAUUGUCCCGGACGAGAGAAUUCCAUCAUCACGAGCCCGCAACGUAUAUGGAAAUGACCAUCAGCCCAUGAGUUCUAUAAGGCACCGCAAUGAGACUUCUCUUUCCUCUCUUCCAAUGGAAUCCUCUCAUACAUAUGAGAGAGCGCAUACUGCAUCUACAGACCACCAGGGUAUGGGAACACAUUUUACAUACUCUCAAAACAGGCACUAUGCACCAGUUCUCCAAUCAACACCUACCACCCACCAUAGGCGGCUCCAGAGCUUUUCCCCGCCAGUCGUCGACUUAGGUAGGGCUUUCAGUCCAGUCGCCGAGAGCCUUUUACUCGACAUGAUCGAUCAACCAAGAUCGAGGCCCAGCUCCGGUGCCGCAUUUCGAGACAUGCUCCCUCCUCGGCGUGAGCUGCCUUUCUUGUCAGGAAAACAGGCGGAGCCAACUGUUCAGAAACGAUCACAAGAACAGUCUGAGGUUUUAGACCAGGGAAGUGGUUCGAUGGAAUCGAGCCAGGGGAAGGAAGCCUCGCAACAACCCACACCACAGACCAUCUCUAGGCCUCGACUAUCAGGUGAACAAGCUGAAAAGCCAGUGCAGAAAAGGGUACUCACAGUCAAACGAAAGAAUUGCGACCUCAUCAGCAAGCCGGUCACAAAGAAACAAAAGUCUGAUUCAAGCAAAAAACCCGUGUCCACCUCACCGAUACAAUUGCCGACUAUUCCUUCUGUACCUUUUAGACGGAAGGCCAUAGUACGGCAAACGGACGCACCCACUAUUACCACGAUUAAUCAAAACCCCAGUCAUGCCGUUCAGAAGGUCAACGAACAACUCGGAAGUAAAGGCCUCGUCACUGCGUCUUCAUCCAAUACGACAUAUCCUACGGAGACCUUUCUGGCAAAGGGGUUUGAGGAUGAGGACGCCACUGAGGCACCCGCUGAAGACUCAAGCUUAACCUUGCCGAAAGAGGCGCCAGAAGCAGAGGGUGAAUUGGACUCGACUUUUGUUGUGGCAAGGCCAGAAAAGAUAUCGAUGAUAACGGAUGGCAGCAAUGUGCUUCCUAAGCUGACAUUUGAGAAGAUGGAUCAGGGCACACAAACUUUGCCAGUUCCAUCUGGUACUUCCGCAAAAGACGAAGAUAUAUUCGUAGCCAAAUUUCAACUUAUGUGGGAUAUCAGAAAUCUUCAACAAGCUUGCUUCCAGCGACUACUGACCGCUACUGGAACAUCACAACGCAUGGAGGACACCAAAGCCCUCGAGGAACUGGAGCAAAACAUCAUUUAUCUGUGCCAGACCGCCAUUGACCGGCAUGGCCUAGCUAUGUGCGAUAUGCCUUACGAGAAGCUCGUGAACGCCAUCACACGCCCGUGAUACUGAAAGCAGUGCGA